AUGGACAUCGACGACAUCCUCGCCUCCGUCGACCACGGACCCGGCGCAAGCCCACAGUCCACAGCCCUAGACCACCAGCUCCUAACCCGCUUCUGGGUAUCCGAACGCGCCGUCUCCGAAGUCCUCCCAUGGCCCGCACCACUAAUGGAGCGCAUGAUGGAUCGCGUGCGCAAUCAGGUAAAAUCAUAUCAAUUCUUCCACAAAAAUACUCGCUCGCCAGCACCUUGCUCACCAAGAUACCCCCAGAUCGAAACAAUCGAAGACCUAGCUGCGAGCUCGGGCGAUACUACCGUCACACACACGCAUAACCCGAAUCUCAACCUCCGCCUCUCGAUUCUACAAACCGAUCUCGCUCGCACCCAAUAUUUAAUUCGGAGCUUGCUACGUGUGCGUUUGGCGAAGGUUACUAAAUACAGUAUGCAUUAUUUGGUGCAGAUUGCGUCGAGGGAUAAGGAUCUCUCGCAAUCGCAGUCGCAGUCUCAGUCGCAGCAGAAUCAGCAGCCUGAGGACUCGGUUCCGGAGAUUUCGGCGUCGAGUGAUUUGGCGCCGCUUUCGGAGGCGGAGGCUUCGUUUUUACAUGCUCAUCAGACUUUGUUGGCGGGGCAUUAUGGGGGAUCGUUUAUGGGGGCGUUUCCGCGGCAGCUGAGGAGGUUGGAUGAUAAUGCGGGUGGGACGAGUAUGAUUCAGGGGCCGGAGAUGAGGGAGGUUGUUUUUGUUAGGUGUCUUGGGGAGGAGGUGCCUGUUUUGUUGGAGGAGGGGGAUGAGGAUGUUGGUGUUACUAUGCGGAUGGGUGAUGUUUGGGUUGUGAGGUGGGAGGGGGUUAAGAAGGCUUGGGGGAGGGGGGAGGUGGAAUUAUUAUGA